AUGCCAAACGAAGGAUCAGCAAAAAUGCAUCGAGGUCGUGGAACGGUGAGCCGAGGUCUUAUUCACACAAAUCUACAGUCACAGCGUCAGUGCAACUCCCCUUCGACUUACAGGGAGGCCAACUUACGAAUCACACCCAUUCGUAUCAUCAAACUGAAUGUAAGGUACGCCAACACUGAGCUGACAUGUCGAGUAGUCUUCUUUUUGAUCAGCGGCCCAGCAUCCUCCUUCCUUCAAUCUCUCAAUCGUGGCAGUGUAGCCGAGUGGUUAGCGUGUCAAGCUAACGUCUGCAUUGUCGCGGUUCGACUUCCGCUGAGGGUGUUGAUAAGACCAAUGUGA